AUGGCGAGCCUCUGGCGCGCAGCAACCGCUCUAAUCGAAAACCCCACCGACCACGACGGCACAGAAUUCUGGUCCAACCCGGAACGCACCGGCUGGCUAAUGAAACAAGGCGAAUACAUCAAAACCUGGCGCCGCCGCUGGUUCGUACUCAAAGAGGGAAAACUCUUCUGGUUCAAAGAAUCCACCAUCACGCGCGCUUCCAAACCGCGUGGCGUUAUCCCCGUCGCGUCGUGUCUUACUGUUAAAGGCGCUGAGGAUAUUCUCCAUAAAGCUUAUUCGUUUGAGCUUUCGACGCGCGCUGAUACGAUGUAUUUUGUUGCGGAUUCUGAUAAGGAGAAGGAGGAUUGGAUUAACUCGGUUGGAAGGUCGAUUGUUCAGCAUUCGAGAUCUGUUACCGAUUCGGAGAUCGUUGAUUACGAUAACGCGAAACGGUGA